AUGGACUUAAUGCAGGGCAGCUUCAUAAGCGGACUUCUGAUCGCCCGAUUUAAAAAUCAACUCAUUGAAAUGAAGACAACAGUUGAAAGGCUGUUGAUUGAUGACAGAGUAUCAUCGAUAACAACCAAUGAUCUCAAUCAUUCUCAAAACAAAAACCCAUCUGCCAAUCUAGAUAACGACAAGUCGAUUGCAAAUUUUCUCAGAUGUUUUUAUUCGUCAGUCCAGGAAAUGUUACAAAUCCUACAUAACGCUUCGAUAAGCGAUAAGAAGGACGAAAUGGCACUCAGUGGCACGAAUGCUGACGAUUCAUUAAUUGAGAAAGAUAACGCCAAGUGCUCUUCUCAGAACUCAUCAUCCACCAAUUCAACUGUAAUUGUUCGAACGCUAACGUAUAAAACGUCGAGUGUACAACCGACGCAGACAGAUUUAAAAAAGUUUAUUCUGAAGAAGAAAAAUUCUUUUUCAGAAUUAUCCAACAGCACACCGACACCAACCAGGACCAAACGAUUCAUCACGACCGCAGUCACAGGCGUUGAAAUCGCAGCUGCUUACCAAGCGCUGGCCGCCGCAACGUUCAGAGCCAGUGGCGUCUGGAAUUUUGGGCCUGAGAAAAAAUCAAAGCACUUAUCGUUUGUAAGUAGAGGAACAUCAACACCGAGGCAUAGAAAUGUUCAUGCAGGAAGGGGAAGUUUGGGCAGUCAACAGUUCAGCGAGUCGUCUUUCGAAUUGACACUGCCAAACGAUAUUUUAUCCAGGCUUUCUGCAAGCACCAACAACACAUCUCAACAACAACAUCUGCAACAACAUCAGUCGCAACACGAAAUGACGCAGUCCAUGCCUUCCUUAUCAAACGUGGAAGCAACAUGCCCUCAUCAGCAUCCUCCUCCUCCUCCUCUUCUUCAUCAUCGUCAUCAAUCUUCUUCCUCAUCAUACCAUGAAGAAGUUGUACGUAAUUUAGACAACAAAAGCAACAGCAGCAGCAACAAAAGCAUCACCACAAAGGACGCCUGCACGUCGCCACACUCGGCGUUCAAGAUCGACAAAGCAGUGCAGGUGAGGCAGGGCGAAAUAAUGGAACCCGUCGACAAAAUAUUCACAGCCAAGAGCGCCAGCAAGUUAACCAAACGAUCUCCUCUGGCGAAAUGUAAUUUGCAAAAAAUAAUCGAGGAAGAGAACGACCAUGAGAGCGAUGAGCACGUCAACAAUGAAGGAAGCGAAAACUCGAACGACAGCCACAACGACGACAAACCAGACGACGAUACAGACGUCGACGCCAGCGCCUUUUCUAAAAAGAAUUCCUUACGAGGCAGACGCCACGUCGGUCAAUCACUCAGUUUCGAAAAUCGUCGUAGACUCACCGCCAACUCUUGCAAACGUUUGAACUUCACAAACAAUAAUAACGAUGAUAACAAUAAUAACAACUUAAUCAGGACACUGAACGAUAGGACUACACCAAAUAAUAAAAAUAAUGAUAAUUUGUCGAUUUUAAGCUCCAAGUUGGAUUUGAAAUGUUCCAGCAGACAGGACAGUCCCUUUCCUAUCUGCAAAACUUUCGAUUUUGUCUCGUUCGACGACUGAUUUUUUUAUGAACCUUCAAAUAUUAAAUAAAUAAGUUAAGAGUUAAAUAAUAAAUAUAUCAAUAAAUAAAUAUACAAAAAAAAUAAUGGCGUUUCAGAACGGUUGAAUCUAACAAAUAACUCGGUAAAAAAACAGAAGAUGGCUACACAGGGUGGACCUGACAUUUUGUUACUCACAUGAAAUUACUCUGCACUCCUCCAAGACCAACGUAAUUGUUUAAUAGCUCGUUCACAGUGUAAGCGUCGACGACGUAUGAAAAAAGCAUUAAAAACUCUUUCGGUGUCGAGUUGUUAUACAAUUAAAACUUUCUUCAGAUUAAUAUUUUAUAUCUUGAAAAAUUUUCAAAUAUUUAUUAUUGAUGUCUGAUGAUGAUUUUUUACGUUUUUACGUAAGGCACUUGUAAACUGUCUACCACUUAAUGACUUCCCAUUCAAAACAGGUUGAACGAAAAUUUUUACAACACACGCACACACACACACACACGCACACACACACACACACACACACACACACACACCUUCUCAAUAUUAUUUUAAUGAUGGUUUUCUAUCUUUAUUUCAUAGUUUACAAUGGCGAAUUAAACCUUAAAACAUGUAUUAUUUCAUUAAGCGACUGUGAUAUAGGUACAUUUAAAACGAUUACUAAGUAAAUAUUUUUUUAAAAACAAGUAAAUGCAUUUAAUGGAGGAUUUUUUU